AUGGCUCCUCUCGUUUGGAUGGUCACAGGUAGCACGUCGGGAAUUGGCGCCGCGCUUGUUAAUCAGAUCAUUGCCCGCGGCGACAAGGUCAUCGCAUCCGGGCGCAAGACGGAAGAACGUCUGGGCCACUUGAAGUCCGAUAAUGUCGCCCUCUUGGAUUUAGACAUUACUUCUGAAUGGCCAGAAAUAAAGGCUAAGAUGGAAAAGGCCUGGGAGACGUUCGGACAUAUCGACGUCCUGGUCAACAACGCUGGUACCUCGUCCCUAAAGAGUGCCGAAGACGCAGAUGAGACCUUUAUAAACCAAAUGUUCCAAGUCAACGUGUUUGGCCACAUGAAAGUCACACGUGCAAUUCUUCCGUUCCUUCGCGCGCAGGGACACGGCCGGAUCGGCUUUACUUCUUCUUCCAGUGAAUGGGGUCCGAUACCCUUCAUGUCGCAUUACGCAGCAUCCAAAGCAGCCCUGAGCACAUAUGUGGAGAGUCUACAUAAGGAAGUCCGUCCGCUAGGCAUCGAGUGCGUGAGCUUCGCUUGUGGUGGGUUCCCGACAAACCUGGGCCAGCCACGAGACAGUGGCACAGCAGGUUUUGGAAGCGAAGGAACUUCGAUCCAAGCCUAUCAGCCCCUUAUGGCAGACAUCGCGGGUAUGAUGAUGGAAGACCCCAUGGCCUUUAUGCCAGGUGACUUGGUCAAGUUGUCCACUGUCUUGGUGAAUAUCCUUAGCAAGGAGGGACUUGAGGCUAAGCUCCCGUGGUCUGUGAACAUUGCUUUGGGGUCAGAUGCAUUUCUCAUGGGCAAGAAAAGGGUUGAGGAGCACAAGAUUCAAUUGGACAGAUGGAAAGAUGUCAGCUGCAGCACGGAUCGCCUCCCGGGCACUUAUACGAUCAAGGAGCGCUACUCGGGGUUGAUAUCAUUGCUAGAGGAGUAA